CCGCGCGCCAACCGCGGGAAGCGCUUAUGCCCCUAUCUGGGCAGCUCGCCGGGGACUCUGCCCGCCCCGGGGCCCGGCGCCUCCGGGGAUGUGACCCACGCCUCCCGCCUGCCUAGCGCCACCCCCGGGCGCUGCCGAGGAUGGAUGCUCCAUAUGAUGGUACUGAGGUAACUGUCGUCAUGGAGGAAAUUGACGAGACUUACUCUUACUCCUCUCCUGGACCACCUAAGAAAAAGAAGAAAUAUAAAAUACAUGGAGAAAAGACUAAGAAACCUAGAUCUGCUUACCUCUUGUACUAUUAUGACAUUUACCUGAAAGUGCAGCAGGAACUUCCCCACCUUCCCCAGUCUGAAAUCAAUAAGAAGAUCAGUGAAAGCUGGAGGCUUCUUAGUGUGGCUGAGAAGAGCUACUACUUGGAGAAGGCCAAAUUAGAGAAAGAAGGUUUGGAUCCUAACUCUAAGCUAUCUGCACUGACUGCCGUGGUCCCAGACAUCCCAGGUUUCCGCAAGAUCCUCCCCCGAUCUGAUUAUAUCAUCAUUCCCAAGAGUACUCUUCAGGAGGAUCAGAGCUGUCAGCCCUUAGAGCUGUGUGUGACUCCAGGCCCCACCAAAGGGAUACCAGUCCCAAGGGCUUCUCAGGAGGCACUCCCAAACAUUUUGUCUAUGGAGCCCAGCCAAGCGGGUGCAGCAGAGCAAUGCAUCACUAUCGAGGGGCUGGCAGAGGAGGUGGGCGCUCAGCCCAACAAUGUCCAGGAGAUGGUUACUUCAGAAAUCUUAUCUCAUGAUGUAGUCCUGGAGGAGGCUGCCCUAGAGGUAGGGGAGAACCACCCUUAUCAGACAAGUCUGGUCAUUGAAGAGACCCUGGUGAGCAGCUCCCAAGACAUCCCCAGCGGAAGUCUGGCUGUGUCCCACCCCCAAGUGGGGGAUAAUGUAUCUGUGGUGGCAGUUGUGAGGGACUCCAGUGAAAGCAGUUCUACAGCACCGACCACACAGUUCAUCAUGCUUCCUCUGCCCACCCACUCGGUUGUGGAAAACUCAGCCUCUAUAAAGCUGACUACCACUUAUACCCGCAGGGGCCAUGGGAACUGCACUAGCCCUGGUUGCUCUUUCACCUAUGUCACCAGGCACAAACCACCAAAGUGUCCAACAUGCGGCAACUUUCUGGGAGGGAAGUGGAUCCCAAAGGAAAAGCCAGCCAAAAUCAAAGUGGAAUUGGGCUCAAGUGUCUCCCCCAAAGCCCCUGUCACUAAAAGAAGUCAGCAGCCAAUCACCUUGGAUCAGGGGACUGUGAAGGAAAACCCCUCCAAAGUGACUUUGGAGAACUCAGAAGCUGUUAGCCAGCUCCUGAGUGUAGUACCCGUGGGCGAAUCAGUCCAGGAGGGAGAAUGGGAGGAAAUCAUCAUCUCUGAGGCUCACAUCCUCACUAACCCAGGGACACCAGGUGAGAGUGGAAAUUCAGCAGUAGUGACAUUGUCAAGCAAACAUAGUCUGGAACAUGAGGCUACCUCUGGGUCAGACGAGAGAGAGAGUGCACAGUCCCACCCACCACCACUGACUGAGGGAACCAGGACCUCCAGCCUUCCAUCAUCCACAGCCAAAAAACCCUCAGGAGUUGAUUUGCCCACCAUUGGCCACAGAGCUCAGGAGCUAAAGAGUAGAGUUCGUGGAAAACCUUCUUUACUGGCUGCAGCAAGGCCCAUGCGAGCAAUUCUUCCAGCCCCAGCAAGUGUGGGGAGAGAGAACAGCACUGAACUGCCGAGGAUCAGAGAGUACUUUUCUUUAAAUGAUAAGUCUUCUUUAGUGAGGACUUCUGGCUUGAAGCCAAGUACAAUGAAGCAACUGGGCCACUCUGUCCAACACCUCUCUGCCAUCAGUGAGCAAAAGCUACAGAACAGUCCUUCCAACCGGACAUCUCAGGUGAAAGUUGUAGAGGUCAAACCGAAUCUCUUCCCUUCCUAUAAAUACAGCUGCACCGUCACACUGGAUCUAGGCCUGGCCACAUCAAGAGGCCGGGGAAAGUGUAAGAAUCCCUCCUGUAGUUAUGUCUACACCAACAGGCACAAGCCACGAAUUUGUCCCAGCUGCGGCUACAACCUUGCCAAAGACCGAACUGAGAAAACACCCAAGGCUGUUGAGGUGAGCUCGCCAUCCCCCGAUGUGCUGAACACAACUGAGCCCUUGAGCCAGGCCCAGAAGGAGAUCCAACGCCAGUCCACACUGCAACUAUUGCGCAAGGUCCUGCAGAUCCCAGAGAAUGAGUCGGAGCUGGCCGAGGUCUUCACCCUGAUCCACGAACUCAACAGCUCCCGACUCAUCCUGUCCAACGUGAGUGAGGAGACGGUCACCAUCGAGCAGACCUCUUGGUCGAAUUAUUACGAAUCUCCAUCCACGCAGUGCCUCCUCUGUAGCAGCCCAUUAUUCAAAGGGGGACAAAACUCCUUGGCUGGACCACAGGAGUGCUGGUUGCUGACAGCAAAUCGAUUGCAGCUGGUUACUGCCCAGGUGAAGAUGUGUUUGAAUCCGCAGUGUCUGGCUUUGCACAGUUUCACGGACAUCUACACAGGUCUCUUUAAUGUGGGGAGCAAACUGUUGGUGAGUUUGGAUCUGCUCUUUGCCAUCAGGAAUCACAUCAAACUGGGAGAAGACCCUAAGGUGGCCAUCAGCAGUGUUCUGGAAUCAGUCCAAGAACAGACAGAGAAAACACUGGGUCCUGAAGAACUGAACCAGCUCCAGGAAUUGCUAUGUAGUGGCUACUGGGCAUUUGAAUGCCUCACCGUCCGAGACUACAAUGACAUGAUCUGUGGUGUUUGUGGGGUAGCCCCCAAAGUAGAAAUGGCCCAGAGGAAUGAAGAGAAUGUUUUGGCUUUGAAAAAUGUGGAGUUCACUUGGCCAGAGUUCCUGGGCUCCAGUGAGGUGAAUGUAGAGGAUUUCUGGUCCACAAUGGAGACUGAGGUGAUUGAACAGAUGGCAUUCCCUGCCAGUAUCCCUAUCACCAAAUUUGAUGCCUCUGUCAUUGCCCCCUUCUUCCCACCAUUGAUGAGAGGACCUGUGGUUGUCAACACUGAGAAGGACAAGAACCUGGAAGUACAGUCAGUUCCUGGUAAUGGCAGCUCCCUGGUGAGGUUACUUCAGGAAGGCACUUUGAAGCUGGAAGAGAUUGGCUCCUACAGCAAAGAGCAGCUGCAGCACCUUCUGGGGCUCUGUGGUAUCCCCUGGGAAGCAGAGGAGACAAAGGAUCAGCUUUGUUACUCCUUGUUGGCUCUCUAUGAAUCUAUACAGAAUGGGGGAGGAGCUAGACAAGUUCCAUCCCACCUCACAGGGGGCAAAAUCUACAAGGUGUGUCCCCACCAGGUGAUAUGUGGCUCCAAGUACCUGGUCCGAGGGGAAAGUGCUCGUGACCAUGUAGACCUGCUCACCUCCUCACGCCAUUGGCCUCCGGUCUAUGUAGUGGAUCUGGCCACACCAGUGUCUCUGUGUGCUGACUUGUGCUACCCAGAGCUGACCAGUCAGAUGUGGGGGAGGAACCAGGGCUGCUUCUCCAGCCCCACAGAGCCCCCAACAUACAUGUCCUGCCCAGAACUUUUGGACCGACACUAUACUGUAGACAUGACGGUAGCUGAGCACUCAGUCCAGCACCCAGUCACCAAAACCACCACCCGAUGCAUUGUGCACACUGGAACAGACCCAAACAACCCCAGUGAUCCCAGCUCCAAGCACCACUCCCUCUCCCUGUGCCGAGAGCUGGAACCCUAUGAAGCUGUCCUCACUGCCAUCGCGGACAGCAAGACAAGCAACAUUCGCCAGCGACCUGUGACCUUUGACAAUGCCACUCAUUAUUACCUCUACAACCGCCUCAUAGACUUCCUCACCAGUCGAGAGAUUGUCAACCGGCAGAUUCAGGACAUUGUACAGAGCUGCCAGCCAGGAGAGGUGGUGAUCCGAGAUACUCUCUAUCGCUUGGGUGUGGCACAGAUCAAGACUGAGAUCGAGGAAGACGAUCUGGAUCCUCAGGGGGAAGAGAGGGAGGCUUCUGAGUAAGCCAGGCUCACCCCUGAAGGCAUUGCUCCUUCUGUCUCAAGCCAUAGUGGAGGGGGGGUGCCCCCAGGCAGAUACAUCCAGUGGGCUGGCAGUGACUCCCCUCUGCCUUGCAGUGAGAGAGAGGCUAUUUGCCUUUGACUGCUUGUGAUGACCAAAGAGCCAUGUGCUUCCCGUCUGCUCUCAGGGCAGGCAAGAAGCCCCCCUGUAGAGACUGUUUCCUUUUAGAGCUGUGUACCACUUCAUUUGAUGGUGGUGGGUUGCUCCAGAAUCCACUUCCAGCCAUGGAAUAGCACUUAGGAUGUCAAAGCCAGUCUGUAACUGCCUCUGCUCCCCUCCAAUCCCACCUCCUACCCCCUGCAACCCAGGUUUCCAAGAGUAUGUGUGAUGGGACUUGGGCUCCCAUCCACAGAAGAGGGGAAGCAGUAGGUCAGGACUGUUACUGAGAUAGCCCUUCCUGCUGGGUUGAGCAUUUGGUAUGCCAGACUUGCCAUGUCAUAACCCUGUUUUUUAGGAAGCUCUCACUAUCUCUUUCAUUUUUGGCUCUGAGAGAGCACAUCCAGAGACCCUGCAGGGCUUUUGCAUGGUUUGAUCAGGCUUGUUAGUUCUGUGAUUUCCAGCUUCUACCCCUUUGGGCACUUUAUUCUUUCUGGUGCUAUGUCCUAUUCAUGGCCUAAGUCUUUUCUUACAAUAGAAACCAAAUCUGGAAGCAGCUUUAGGGAGCCACAGUAGGAAGCCAGAGAAUCCUCCACUGAAAGAUAAUUAGUCAGGGACCAGCUGGCCUAGGAUCACCCAGCUUCUCCCAUUUCUGUUUCUUGGGUCUGCCUGCAUCAUUCCCAGUCGUAGCUUUGAGGAAGGGAGUCUUCCUUCCUUUUCUUUCCAGCCACAUCCUCCACAUUCCCAUAUCACUCUGCCGAUGGGGAUUUAGCCACUGAUCGUCCAGGGUUGACAUGGGACCAGAGGAUGGGGGGAGGAUGCGGGCAAGGCAAAGGAGCUGUGGCACACGUGUUGUGUCGGUGAACAUCCCUUCCAUGAAGGGGAAGCGGACUGGACUGUAAGAAUGGUAAAACUGGUCCACACACCCAACGCCAUUUUGGUAUGGGAGCCUGCCAUUCUUUGAUUAAUUUAUUUGAGGAGUUGGUGAUUUUUUUUUUCCCAAAUGAUAAAGUUUAAUAAAUUAUCCACUUUGGGGUGAA